UCCUCCUGUGGAUUUGGCUGGUAGCAAGUAAGGUUUUAGAGAGGUUUGUUUGAUUGAUUUCCUUCCCAGUUCAGCUCUCUUCUCUUUUCUCCUGUCUUGUCCUGUCUUCUCUUCCACCCCUACCCUUAUCUCCACUCUCUGUCCACAACAAAAAUGGCUUCCACGACCACUUUCUCUAUUCAACACCCAACAUGGACAACAUCAAAACAUCCUAGGUUCCAUAAACCCUACAAAAACCUCCAUUUCCUCUCUAACCCAACUUCUCAUUCUCUUUCCAAUCCUUCUUCCAUCUAUUCCUCUUCUUUCCCUCUCAAUUCCAAAUUCCCUCUUCUAAACCCAUCACUUCCAUUUCACCCUUUGCAUGAUUCUUCUCAUGAUCGUCUCCUUGAAGACUUUGAAAUCCCCACCAUUUGUAGCCACCAAAAGCUUGAAACUUUGAUCAAAUUUGACCAAAUUAUGCACGGAGAGUCUUCGAAAAGGGUUUUCAUUCAAGACCCACCUUGGAUUUCUGCUCAUUUUUGGAAGGGUGUGUAUAAAAUAGCCAAUAAAAAGGUGAAGGUAGAGUUCAAGGAUAUUGAGAAGAGGAAGUAUAAUUUGUUGAGGAGGCGGCAAAUUAGGGAAGAGACUGAAGCGUGGGAGCGAAUGGCUGAUGAGUAUAGGGGGUUGGUGAGGGAAAUGUGUGAGAGAAAGUUGGCACCUAACUUGCCUUAUGUGAAAGGUUUGCUCUUGGGGUGGUUUGAACCAUUGAAAGAGGCUAUAGAGAAGGAGCAGAAAAUGGAGAAAUCCAAGAAGCAGAAGUCGGCAUUCUCUCCCAAUAUUGAAUUGUUACCUGCUGAUAAAAUGGCAGUCAUUGUUAUGCAUAAGAUGAUGGGGUUGUUGAUGGUGGGGCAUGAAGAUGGGUGCGUCCGGGUUGUCCAGGCUGCAGUGCAGAUUGGCAUGGCUAUAGAGCAGGAGGUUAGAAUUCAUAAUUUCUUGGAGAAGACCAAGAAUCACCAAAGGAAGAAGACAAUGCAUGAUGUUCAAGAGAGUAUGGACAAGGAGAAGGAGAUGCUCAGGAAACGUGUAAAUAGUUUGAUUAGAAGGAAAAGGCUCAUGGAGGUGCAAAAUCUGGUGAAACAGGAUGAAACUAAACCUUGGAGUCGAGGCACACAAGCUAAGCUCGGAAGUCGUCUAAUAGAAUUAUUAACUGAAACAGCUUAUGUGCAACCUCCUGUUAAUCAGUCAGAGGAUAUUCCACCAGAUGUUCGACCUGCCUUUAGGCACAUAUUUAAAACUUUAACAAAGAACCCAGGGCAGAAAAUUGUGAAGAAGUAUGGGGUUAUAGAAUGUGAUCCCCUCAUCCUCACAGGGCUUGAUGGAACAGCUAAGCACAUGCUGAUUCCUUAUUUUCCAAUGCUGGUGCCUCCCAAAAAAUGGAAAGGGUAUGAUAAGGGUGGGCACCUGUUCUUGCCUUCGUAUAUCAUGCGCACUCAUGGAUCUAGGCAGCAACAAGUUGCAGUCAGGAGUGUUCCUGGGAAACAGAUGCAGAAAGUAUUUGAGGCUCUGGAUACACUCGGAAAUACCAAAUGGAGGGUGAACAGAAGAUUGCUGGAUGUGGUGGAGAGGAUAUGGACAAGUGGUGGCAACAUUGCGGGCCUGGUUGAUAGAGAAGAUAUUCCUAUACCAGAGAAACCAUCCUCAGAUGAUCUAACAGAAAUUCAAAAGUGGAAAUGGAGUGUGAGGAAGGCAAAGAAGAUAAAUCAAGAGAGGCACUCUCAAAGAUGUGACACUGAACUUAAGCUUUCUGUGGCUCGGAAACUGAAAGAUGAAGAGGGAUUUUAUUAUCCUCACAAUCUUGAUUUUCGAGGUCGUGCAUAUCCGAUGCACCCACAUUUGACUCAUCUAAGUUCUGAUCUUUGUCGAGGAGUUCUUGAAUUUGAAGAAGGAAGGCCGUUAGGGAAGUCUGGAUUACGUUGGUUGAAAAUACAUCUAGCAAACUUGUAUUCAGGCGGGGUUGAAAAGUUGUCCCAUGAUGGCCGUCUAGCAUUUGUUGAGAACCAUCUAAGUGAGAUAUUUGAUUCAGCAAAAAACCCUGUAAAUGGAAAACGUUGGUGGUUAAAAGCCGAAGAUCCUUUCCAGUGCUUGGCUGCUUGUAUUAAUCUGUCAGAAGCCUUGAAUAGUGCAUCACCACAUACUGUCAUCUCCCACCUGCCAAUCCAUCAGGAUGGUUCGUGUAAUGGUCUCCAGCACUAUGCAGCCUUGGGAAGAGACAGUCUGGAAGCAGCGGCAGUUAACUUAGUUGCUGCAGAGAAACCUUCAGAUGUUUAUUCAGAAAUUGCUGUUAGGGUCCAUGAAAUAAUUAGAAGAGACAGCAACAAGGAUCCAGCUACAAACCCACACGCUUUACUAGCCAAGAUCCUAGUUGAUCAGGUGGAUCGGAAAUUGGUUAAACAAACAGUGAUGACUUCAGUGUAUGGUGUCACUUAUGUUGGGGCACGUGAACAGAUAAAAAGAAGAUUAGAGGAGAAGGGUCAUAUUACGGAUGAUAGACUGCUCUUCAGCGCAGCCUGUUAUACUGCUAAAGUGACAUUGACUGCACUAGGAGAGUUGUUCCAAGCUGCUCGUGAUAUAAUGAGCUGGCUUGGUGAUUGCGCAAAGAUUAUUGCUUCAGAAGAUCAACCUGUGCAGUGGACAACUCCACUUGGCCUUCCUGUUGUGCAGCCUUACUAUAAGAGAGAACGGCAUCUUAUAAAAACUUCACUUCAGAUUUUGGCCCUGCAACGGGAAGGCAGUUCGGUACAGGUUAGAAAACAGAGAACUGCUUUCCCUCCAAAUUUUGUGCACUCGCUUGACGGCUCACACAUGAUGAUGACUGCAGUUGCAUGCAGGGAUGCUGGUUUAUGUUUUGCAGGUGUUCAUGACUCUUUCUGGACCCAUGCAAGAGAUGUGGAUUUGAUGAAUAGGAUAUUGCGCGAGAAAUUUGUGGAGCUUUAUAACAUGCCAAUACUUGAAAAUUUACUUGAAGACUUCCAGACCUCGUACCCAACAUUGAAGUUUCCACCUCUGCCUGAGAGAGGCAACUUUGAUUUGCAAAAAGUUCUUAGAUCUCCAUACUUCUUCAACUGAAUCUUCAUCAAAUGUAAAUCGGAAGCUUUGCAUUUUGCUACUUUUGACCAUGAAGUUGUCAAGUUUUCCAGGCAUAUUGUGCAGAAUUAAACUGAAAAUUUGAAGUAGAAGCGGCAAAGAGAAUUCUGUGGCCAUUGGUGAGUUUGUUAUCCUGAAAUCAAAGAUUUUUCCCCUAGAAACAGUCCUUGCACUUAGUUAUGAUCAGCUCAGGAAGGCCAUUUCUAGUGCAGAGGAUGAACCCUCCAGCUGGCUCCUUCGUGUACACGAAGAAGGAAGCUCUUGAUAUGGUUGGAUUAAAAGAGCUUCAGAUUCCUAUUCUAUGGUUAAUUUGGGGAGACUAAUCUUUGAGAGCUGCAUGAUAUGGAUCGAUCAUUCUAGCAAAGGCGUACAACAAGUAUGCUUAGUGCUUGCUGCAUUUUUUUUCUUGUGCUGUGAGCAGAUCACGAGAAACAAGGCUACUUGAUUGUUGUAAGAUCAAGUAAAUCUUAUUUUGCUUAUUCUUUUUUUCUCAUCAUGUACCAUUUCAUCUGUACAUAUACAAGCAUAGGAGAGAAGAUCCUGCUACAUAGCGGGGCCAUGCUAAAUGUACUUUUCAUAUGCCAAUUGGCAAACCAUGUAAAAGUCUUCUACAUAAUGGAAUGGAAGGAAAUUUCAUUGGUGCACA